AUGGUUUGCCUCUUGGCACUUUUUCGGAACAAGUUAUUGUCUAGUGCAAAGACGACCACGACGACGACGCUCCUGCAGUCGUGCGAAUUCGUCAUGCAGAAGCGGCAACUGCUUGUCGACGCUGGCUUGUAUUCAUUUUGCUGUUCUUGUUCAUGCCCUACUAUAGAUAAGGGGGGCGAGGAGGGGGGGGAGUUGUGCCCUUUCAUAGAUGAAGCCGCAAUACUACCCAAAAAACAUGCUCGAGAUGAACCUACCAAGAGUGAAACUGUACACGAAGAUAUGCAUAUGUUUUGCUUUUGCUUUUGUUUUGCGAUGUAGUCGUGAAAAACAUGCGACCAUGACGACUACACUUUCUGUACUCUUUUUGGAAAAUUUGAAAUAUUGUUGAUAGAGACUGGGACCUUCGAGUGGAGCACUCUGCUAGAGAUGCUGCAACAGGAGGUCUUCAUUAUUUUGAAAUACGUAAAAACUCAGCUACGGUAUCGACCCAGUACACUACGACAAUCCGCAGCACUUCGACAUGAAAAUACGCAAUUGCAACCUGCUUCUGAGGCUGAGACAUCACAUCAAUUGCGCAACCUGAUUUAUCGAAGAAGAAGAUUACACGUAUAUCCGUGUGUGGAAUUUGAUUUUUUCAUUCUUGCAUGACUGAAGCAGGCGUGAACGACGAUCGGUCUUUGAAUCGUGCAACUAUGAUCAUUUUCGUUGUCGCCACCCUCAUCAUAGGAUACCUGUGAUCUUCGUACUUUCUUGGGCUAUCAGAUGAUCCUUUUGCCUAUGGAGGUUGAUUUUUGCUUGUGCAUAGAGAAACUUUUACGGUGCGGCACCUGCUCCGCCCAAGACCGUAACAAAGUCAGCGCUGAAGUGGACCAGUGAAGAGCAAUGGAGUACUUACUUAUAAUUUGUUCGUGAUAAAAAGUUGUUCUUAUUUUUUAUCGAUGUUAUUUUGACGCAGAGCCUGCAGAGCACAAUCAAAGAUGGAGGAUGGCGACAAGAACUCAAAAAAAAAAAAAAACAGAUAACCCGUUUAACCGCAGCACGUACAAGAUAACUGGGAAACCGAUUGCCCGGGAAGAGCGGAGCAACAAUCUGCCACCUCUGUAGAGGCCGACCACACGAAAUUAAUAUCCGGAGUAAGUUUAUUCCGAUUCGUCCCGUUCGGUUCCCGUAGUACAAUGCCUACAGAUAGAUACAGGAUCUGUUCUACAGUUGCGGUGUCUGGGUCUGUCACAUUGAAAGCUUGUCUCCACCAACUCCAUCAAUCCUAUUCAGCAUGAAAUUACAUCGUGACAAGCUGACGCUAGAAGCUGAGAAAAUUUGUGAUGCUUGUACGUGUCGCAGUGCGGUACCACGGGACUAAAUUUGUAUUGCAUAUAUCUGGUGGAAACUUCCAGGCAUCCAGGGGAGCAAGAUGUGCACCAGUUUCACUUUUCAAUUUAGCUUCCAUUCUCUGUUUUAGCAGGACCGCUAUGCAAGGCAAAAGCAUCGCACUGGUAAAAGUCACAUGAUGUUGGCGUUGUUGACUUUUCAAAAAAACAAGGUCUGAAAGAUCUCGGAAAAAGAAGAUGCAUCCAUAUAAUACCAGUGCGAUGCUUUUGCACUGGAUAACCAUUUUUACCGUUUUUACAUUUCAUAGGACUUAGAUUAACAGAAUGCACAAAUGAAGCCUUUCUUUGGGCUGCACUCUCAUUUUAGCGAUUUAGGCUGUUCUGCGUGCCUUCGCUACGAUGUCAUGUGAGGAUGAUGAAUUUAACAGUGCUUGAAUGUUUAAGAUUAUGUUUCUUCGCCGCCGCGAAUGUUUAUGUUUCUCUCUUUCUCUUGUGUUUCGAGAUGGUCAUGGUGCUGUCACGAUGAAAAUGCGAAUAUAAUCACCAGUACAGCAACUAGGUCUAGGUGCACGACGACGACCAGAGCAAGAACUGCAGCUCCAGAUAGAACACACUGGAGCUCUUCGGAAGUGUUUCAUCUUGUCAACAGCAAAGCCGACCUGGCUCUCUGGAGAUGACCUGGUUCUUGCUCGACUAAGUAAUAGAAGAAAUGAUAUACUUAUAUCAGAAAUGUACAUAUACUGUGAGGAGCAGGAACGAUGGUGCUCCUUCUUCAGAUUUUGAUUGUAUCUAAAACUCGCAAAGAUGAAACCAUCACCGUUGUAAAAUAUUUGACGAGCUUAGAUUACCAUGCCGCAUCAAAAACGAAAAACGUCGAGGCAGCCGUGGUUAUCUUUCUCAUGUCACCAGGUGGGGGUCCGGUGCUCCCGCGGCCGCUCCAGCACGGCAUGGUCGAUUUAACGUGUGAUGUCAACAAAACGCAAGUGUAUAGUAU